UGCGUGUCACUAGCGGAGAGGUCCACAUUUCACGCACGACGUGAGGAGUUCCCGGUGAAAACGCCCCUCUACUCUCCUCCUAGCCCUCGCGACCGUGAGCAUCCCUGCCGGCUCGUGCUGUCUGCUGUCCCAGGCUGCAGGGCUACUCCUCCCGCGGCAGAGGAACGGAGCUCCGGGGCGGUGGCGGCGUCCGUCUUCCAGUUCCCUGCGAUCUUCAUGAUCACAAUUUGGGCUGAAUCUUGAAAAACCCCGGACCUGACAGGAAAGGACUGCAAUCCAUUUCUAUGACAACAGAGACGGCUUUGGCUGGGGGAUUGAAGAGUGCAAUGGAGGGUGACGCCAUGAGAACCAAUCAGGCUGCAGAGGACCAGGGGGACAUGGAUGAUAACUCGGAGAAGACCCCCAGCAAAGCCUCCAGAUCCCCCCAGAAGAUCAACAAGCGGCCCAGGGCCGUCCCGAUUAAAGUCACACUACUGGACGGCUCGGUCUAUGAAACUGGGGUUGAGAAAUUUGCCAAGGGCCAGACCCUGCUGGACAUGGUGUGUGGCCAUCUGAACCUGCUGGAGAGGGACUACUUUGGCCUGAAUUUCCAGGACACCGACAACGCCAAGCAUUGGCUGGAUCCCUCUAAAGAGAUUAAGAAGCAAAUUCGGGUUGGUUCCUGGAGCUUUGGAUUUUCUGUCAAGUUCUACCCUCCUGACCCGUCUGUGCUCAUGGAAGACAUCACUAGGUACUACCUGUGCCUGCAGCUGAGGGACGACAUCCUGUCCGGUCGCCUGCCGUGCUCGUUCGUCACCCACGCCCUUCUGGGCUCCUACACUGUCCAGGCUGAACUGGGAGACUACGAGGCCGACGAACACGGCCCCGACUACGUCAACGAGUUCCGCUUUGCACCCAACCAGACACGGGAGCUGGAGGAGAGAGUGAUGGAGCUGCAUCGUAACUACAGGGGAAUGAGUCCAGCAGAGGCAGAGGUGAACUUUCUAGAAAAUGGCAAGAAGCUCUCAAUGUACGGGGUGGACCUGCAUCAUGCUAAGGAUUCAGAAGGAAUUGACAUAAUGCUGGGAGUGAGCGCCAACGGUCUGCUCAUCUAUCGGGACCGCCUAAGGAUCAACCGAUUCGCCUGGCCAAAGAUUCUCAAGAUCUCAUAUAAGAGAAGCAACUUCUAUAUUAAGAUCCGCCCAGGAGAGUAUGAACAGUUUGAAAGCACCAUAGGCUUCAAGCUGCCCAACCAUCGGGCCUCAAAGCGAUUGUGGAAGGUCUGCAUUGAGCACCACACCUUUUUCAGGUUGGUUUCCCCAGAGCCCCCUCCCAAGGGCUUCCUGGUGAUUGGCUCAAAGUUCCGCUACAGCGGGCGAACCCAAGCCCAGACCAGACAGGCGAGCGCUCUGAUCGACAGGCCGGCCCCACAGUUCGAUCGGUCCGUUAGCAAGAGGUACUUGCUGGCCCGAAGCAUUGAUGGAGCCUCAGCUCUCGGUUACAGUAUGGAACAGCUGUCCCAGCGGAGCUCCAGUGAACGCACACAGUUCAUGUCCAGAGAAGACCUGGACCAGGAGGGCAGCCUGGACCUGGACCAAGAUCAGUACCAUUAUCAGGACCAAGACCAGGACCAGUUCACAGAUCAGGAGCUAGAGCAGCAUGAUGACCAGGAUCAAGAUCAGAAACAUACCUACGGUGCACGAAUAUCAACUCCCACUAGGACCAUCGAGCUCAAGGGUGAGGAGGAAGGCACGUCUCUAGACUCAAAACCAGAGCAGUUCUUGGAUAAGCCAGAAGAUGUUCUACAGAAGCACCAGGCCAGCAUCAAUGAGCUGAAGAGGGCUUUGAAGCAGCCUAACAGCAAGAUGGCCCAGAGGGAGAAACGCCUCUCCUCAGCUACUCCUCCUGGAGGAACCCCUGAGCGCAAAGCAGAUACACCUCCCACACCUGCUAUUCAUGAGGAACCUUUCAAUGAAGCUUCAAGGGAACCGUGGGAAAGACGUCUAGGCUCCGUCUCCGAGGAUGACCAGGACCCCGACAUCCUGUACCUGAAGGAGACCCACCUGGGCAUCGAGAGGAAGUAUUCCAGCAUCACGGUCAGCUCCACGUCCAGCCUGGAGGCUGAGGUGGACUUCACUGUCCUCACUGACCUGCACACUGGCAUGGAGGAGUUCUCCAAGGGCAUGACGGAGCUGGGGGACAGGGUAGAGUCACCUGACGUAGGUCUCUGCUUUAGCAUGGACAUGCUCCAGCAGCAGGCCCCCUUUGAACCACCCCCCCCACUGGUGUCAGCCCCUCCGACUAAACAUAUCCAGGCAGAAGAAGUGCGGCCAGAGGUCAAACGGUCCGAUAUGCAGCCUGUUGUACCCAAAAAACCAAAGAGGUCCGUGCCGGUGUCAUCGUCAGUGGACAGAGAGUCGCAGAGAGAAGCCGGUCGCCAUUCUGCCGUCACACCGCUGAGCAGGGAGGCCAGUGACCUCAUGCCCACCCCCACAGUGAGGAAGACGGACGUCAGGACGGAGACCCAGCCCAACGGCUCAGAGGUCACCACAACCAUCGUGGAGUUUACAGAUCAGGAUCACGGUAUCACCGGCCUGAGUGAAGUUUCCUACUCCACCAGACAGAGCAUAUCCCCUGUGCAUAUGGGAAGUCUUAGAAGAGAGGCAUCAGGGUCGCCUAUCCUCAUAACGGAAAAUGUUACCUCGGCAACCACUCAUGUCUCCAAGACGGUGAAAGGAGGAUACUCAGAGACCAGGAUCGAGAAGAGGAUCAUCAUCACAGGAGACGAUGAUGUAGACCAGGAACAGGCUCUGGCUAUUGCAAUACAGGAAGCCAAGCAGCAGCAUCCAGACAUGCAGAUAACUAAGGCAGUGGUUGUCAGGGAAACAGAAUUGUCCACUGAGGAUCGUCACGGCCCAUCAGAGUCCUGAUUUUGUGAUACGAGAGCGCCCCCCGGUGGACCGGAAGUGGCAGUGCACGGCCUGAAAAUCUCCCCCCACCUCCCUUCUGAUAGACUUCUGCCAGUGGCGCAUAUGGAGCCUACACACACACAUGCACACACACAUAUACUUGCCACUGGAAAUCCGAACAUCUGGAACAAUUUAAAGAGAUCCCAAUCCGACUAAAUUCCCUGCAAAGCUCUCAGGGCUGCUACUGUAUAUUAAAACCACUUACUUAAGUAUUCCUCGAUGGUCAAAGGGAAUCUUUCAUUCACACUGUGGAAUAAUCCAGGGCCAUGUGCCAUGUUGGUACCCACAAAAUAGAAAAAAAACUAGGAGUGUCUUUUACAUGUCUGUGCUGCUGUACUGAAGAAUUCAUCAGAUUACUGCUGUGUGCUGUAAAAAAAACUGCUGUAAAAAAAGUACUGUUUGUGCUUACACAUAAAAUAAUCCAUCCACAUGUAUAUCUCGUAAUGAUGGAACAUCCAGUGAAGCAGGGUUCAGGUCCGUCCCCCCCCCCUCUCUGUUACACUGACUGAUGAGGAUGCACUGAGCAGAUCGGAUCAUGUAGAGCCAAUCAGAUCCUCUGUUGAUUAUUCCAGCCUGAGCUAGUAUUUUCUGCUCCUCUAUUGGUCUCACCUGAGAAUUUAGUUCUGUAAAAUGUAUUUGGCCAUGAAGUAUGCUUCGCUUCAUCAGGAUGGACCUUGUGGGGGCUGUUGAUACACACAGUGAACUCUUAUUUAUUUACAUGGUGGAGAUGUAAUGUACGAGCCCAGUUCCUCUCCUUUCACAGCCUUUAGAUAUGCUUUCAGAAGUCAGUAUGUAAUACCACUUUGGCCAUUUAGUGUAGUCGGUACGUAGAGUAGGCUCACACCCUUGUUCAGGUCACAGAACGGGCUGCUGUGUCAGUACAAUUAGUAUUUGAGAUCAUAUUUGCAUGAUAUGUUCUGGCAUUAUUGGAUUGUAAUUUAGUAUUAUAUGAACUAAUAAGAGUAAUGGAUCAUGAUGUCCAAGAUAAAUCUGAAGUUAAAUCGGAGCUUAUUAAAAAAAGAAAAAGAAGGAAAUUAAGCCUUCUGACAAGAAAUGAAGAAUAUUCAGAAGUAGUGGGACAUUUCACAAUGCAUUCAGUUUUGUUAAUCCCAAGAUUCAAUGACAGCUAAGUGGCUACAGUGUCCUCUCCUUAUUUAAGCCACUAGUGCUGAUACACAUAUCUUCAUUUUACAUAUCAACUAGCUUUUAAUUUAAUCUCCCUGUGCAAAAACAUGAGGUAGACCUACAUGAGUUGUGGUGAAUGAUAUAUUUUGCAGAGUUAUUUAUUGUACAACACAUUUUCUCUGUCUUUGAAAAAUGUUGGGAUGCAUCUGAGCCCUUCCAAUAAUCUUUUGAGAAAAGUACAGUGUUGUAAAUACAAUAUACAGUAGGAGCAGAAUAUGUGGACUUUUAAUUGUGUGUGAUUUGUCACAUGAAUGUUAGAGGAACGUAGUAUGCCAUGUAAGGUAGCAGUGAAAUUGUACAAACUCUGAUUUUAUAUUGAAAUAUUUGUAUGAAAAAGCUACAAGUCCAGAAAGUCAAAUGCAUAAACUUGACACGGCAAGGUUUCCCUUUAAUAAUGGUGUAUUUAACAUUACCUGCAAGGUCUCUGUCUCCUUGCAAACGUCACAUUUUAUAUAUAAAUCAAUACAGCAGCAAAAUCACUCAAUUGAGUAAAACCAUGUUAAAACCCCGUCAUGUAAGGUUUAUGAGGGUAUUACUGAAAUAUGACUUAAGCUUUCAGACGCCAAACCUUUCUGUCAACCUUCACGUGUAGUGUAAUUCCCGUUGUUAUUCAUAUUUUGGUUCAAAAUCCUUUAAAGUGAUGAUUAAUCAUGGAUGUCAACCUGGAAGGUAAAAAAAAAAUGCAGCCAUGUACUGUAUAUUUGAUGCCGUUUGAUGGAUUGUGAAGAUGUAAAGUAGUUAAUGGCAAUGGGCUUGAUGUACACUAGGGGGCACCAGUUACCAAACAAAGAAGAGAGCUUUGCAACAACAUGGAGCAUUCCCAGCUGAAAUCAUUCUCACUAUUCCUCAAUAAAGUGCGAAAUUAUCCAAA